UAUCCAUCCAUCGGCUAUGGCGCUUGAAUGUUCUUGGCAGGCAGCCAUGGAGUGCCAAGGGGAACAAUUCGAGAUAAGAGCCUGUCAUGGCGUCGGCGGAUAAGAUCAACGAUUUGUUCCAGCAAGGAACACCAGGAACAACAUAGCGAGGAUGACGAGCUUCUUCGAGGGAUGCAGGAAGACUUGAGACGCAUGGAUGCUCCAGCUAGUUUCCAAGCCGACCAGUCUUCGUCAUUCACGGACAAGGAUUCUCGCAUUCCAUUGCGAGAGGUCGUGGACAAGGCCCUGAUUGUGGACUUUUUCUUCAUUGUGGUGGCACUGGGAUGGCUUCUGGCUGGAUUGGGCGAGAAAGCGGCAUUCAACUCGUCCACACUUCUCGAUUCCUGGUACCCACUGUGGCCGUUACUCUUCCAGCCAGCGCUCGGUUUUUUCAUGGCCGGCGUGCUCUUGUCGGUCGUCUUUCCACGCAAGGAGAACAAGUAGAGUUCCAGUUCUAGGGAAGGAAUUUGUUUUUUAAGGUCAAAAGGAAGGGAACGCGAUCAUGGAGGCGCCGGCUUCGUCCGACAGUGCCACCGAAUUCAGCUUC